AUGGACCAACAGUCACAAGCCACAUUAUGCACCCUCCGAAGCGAUACACACGCCAGCACUAUCGCAACCGUGGACAACAUCGAGGCUAUUUUAGCAAACGAUGAAAAGGCCAGGGUCGCAGGAGUUGAUGCCGACGGUAUCCUUCGAGGCAAGAUCAUGGACAAGGAGAAGUUCUUGUCCACUAUUUCCAGCGGAUUCGGCAUGAGUUCUGCCAUCUUUGCAUGGGAUAUCCACGAUGUUUUAUUCACGACAGAGACGAAGAUCGCAACAAGCGAAGACGGAUUUGCCGAUUUUGUUGCUUACCCCGACCUGUCAUCCUUCCGGAGACUCCCCACAGAGGACAAUAUCCCUUUCUUCCUUUUAAGCUUUGCUGUGGGUGGCAAACCGGUCUUCGCUUGCCCACGUAGCAUGAUUCGUCAACUUUGUGAUAAGUUAGCAGAAGCAGAGUGCAAAGCCCUUGCCGGAGUGGAGCUCGAGUUCAUGAACUUUCAGACACCGUCAGAAGACGGAUAUAGAUCGCCACAGGAUAGACAAAACCUGUCCAUGUUCUUGGAGAAAAACACACCUUCGGCCUUGCGUCCUCUUACAGGCGGCAUGUUUGGCUAUAGCACAUCACGGCCGAUAGCCUCGAAGAAGUACUUCCAUGACAUAUUCGAUUUCAACAAAAGAGCAAACUGCGGCUUAGAAGGCUGGCACACGGAGAGCGGUCCCGGCGUCUACGAGGCUGCUCUAAAGGUCAGCCCAAUCGACGAGAUGGCAGACAAAGUUUCUAUUUUCAAACUGAUCACCAAAUCGCUCGGAAUGGAACACGGCGUGACGCCUUGCUUUCUCGCCAAGCCGACCCAAGGCCUACCUGGCAACUCUGGGCAUAUCCAUGUGUCUCUUACUAAUCUAGACGGAAAGAACAUCUUGGCUCGGUCGGGUCCCCCUGAUCAAACAGCCGCAUGGCCAGACAUCGCACAUCUAUCUGACGUUGGUCGAUAUUUCCUCGCCGGGAUCCUCGUAGCUAUGCCAGAUAUCAUGCCACUUUUAGCACCGUCGAUCAACUCUUACAAGCGCUUGGUGGAGAACUAUUGGGCCCCUGUAGAUGUCAGCUGGGGCCUGGAAGACCGCCUUGCCAGUGUGCGCCUAAUUGCGCCUCCGGUAUGCAAACCAGCGGCGACAAGAUUUGAAGUGCGCAUCCCAGGAGCCGAUCUGCAUCCUCACUACGCUCUGACAGCGAUCGUGGCUGCGGGCUGGCGAGGUUUUAUGAAGAAGCUGGACAUACCCAUCCCGCCCGCGAAGAUCCAACGAAAAGACACAAAGCCAGAGUUGCUUCCUGACUCCCUCCUUGAGGCAACACACAGAUUCAAGGCACGUGAUAGUUUGGCCAGAGAGAUCCUUGGAGAUGAUUUUGUGGAUUUCUUUGCUGCUACGAGAGAACAUGAGCUGCGGAGUUUCGACGGUACAUCGAAGUAG